AAACAAUUCCAACAUGUUGGAAUUGUUUAUCAUCAAAUCGAGGUGUUUGUUAUAUCGAAGAAACAACCGAUGAAAAAGGAUCAUCACAAUUUUUCAGGCUGGAACCUGAAAAAUUGUUAUUAAUUAUUGUAUCUAAUCAAGAACAGAAUAAACAGGAAAACUUAUCUAAA